AGAAGAAGGAGGCAAAGAGAUUAAAUAGGCACGGAAAGAGAGAUCAUAAGAGAGGAGAGACUCUGAUCCAUAAACAUCCUUCCGUGAGAAAUGCACCUGCUCUGUCAUCUGUUGUUCUUGACAGUUACCCUUCACCUUGGUGUCGUCAAGGGUGGAAGAGCCCAGCGUAAACAGAGGCAGGCUGAAGAGAAGUUGAGGCCAUAUUUGGGCAGAGUGGAUCCAGAAUCCCUUUGUCAGUUGUUGAAAUGUCACAGUCCUAUUGGUUCCUGGUGCCAAGUGGUGAAGGAGGGGGGAGUUCUUGCCCCUAAAUGUGUGUGUCCAAAGACCUGCCCACGGCAGGGGGCACCAGUGUGCAGCGUUAUGGGGAAGACGUACAGCAACGAGUGUCUUCUUCACAAGGAGGCCUGCCGCAAAAAACGACGCAUUGGCAAGGCACAUAAUGGAGCCUGUAUUGUAAGCAAGGCUGAGUGCUCUGAGGAAGAGUUUGGUCAGUUCCCGUACCGUCUGCUGGACUGGUUCUUACUCCUCAGCAGAAUGGGAGAGAGAUACACACCAGCCGCUCCCUCACAAAGCUGCCUCACACACACACAGCGAACCCAGCUUGCAGAGAGGAGGUUUGUUCUGCUGGAUCGUAACAGGGAUGGGAAGUUAAGUAGGAGAGAUCUGAGAAAGCUUCACUAUAAGCGGAUGCCACUGGAGCACUGCACUCAAAGAUUCUUCCAGUCAUGUGACAAGAAUAAGAAUAAGAAGGUGACCCUGAGGGAGUGGACAUCCUGUCUGGUUGACCGGUCAGAAAACUGGUUUCAGGAUUUCAUGUCCGUGAAGAUGGGCUCACCAAAGCUGUGUCCUGUCCCAGACAACAACCUUUAAAUUUAGGUGCUUUAUCCACAUGGAAUCGUGUUUUAUACCUUAUCAUUUACCUAGAAGUUAUAAUAAUUGAUACCUGGAGAAAGCUAGCAUUUGCAUUCUUGCUGGAUUAAAAAUAAAGUGAAACAUUCUUAGAAUUUAAAAUAAGUAUUUUCUAUUUGAAUAUAUAUUUUAAAGUGUAAUUUAUUCCUGUGAUGUCAAAGCUGAAUUUUCAGCAGCCAUUACUCCAGUCUUCAGUGUUACAUGAUUCUUUGGAAAUUAUUUUAAUAUGCUGAUUUACUAGAAAAGUUUCUUAUUAUUAUCAUUAUAAUAAAAAACUGUUGCUAUGCUUAAUAUUUUAAGGAUUAAAAUAGAAAGUUAAAAAAACAGCAUUUAUUUAAAAUAGAAUUUUUUGUAACAUUAUACAUGUCUUUACUGUCAUUUAUGAUCAAUUUAAUACAUACGUGCUGAAUAUUUUUACUUUUUUUUUUUUCUUUUUUUGUUGCAAAAUACAUGGCCAGCUAUACAGUUUUUUUUUUUUUUUUGGUCACACUGCAGCACUUAAAACAAAGCACUUAAAACACAAUAACCGUUGCCCAAAAAGUGGGGGCAUGACAUUUCUAAAAGUGUGGUUUAUAAUAAUUGCUUACCUCUGUUAUAUUUAAAAUCUGAUAAAAAUGGGGCAUAAUAAAAGUCUAAACAUU